AUGCUGGGCGUGUUGAAUAUAAUCCCCGUUGUUCUGGCAUUUCAGUUGCUAUGCUCGGCAAUAUUGGCUCAGGGGCGCUUUUUGAAAGCCAGGUCUAUCCCAGAUGAAGAUCUGGCCGAAUUUCAACUGUUUGCGCAGUACUCUGGUGCGGCCUACUGCGACCAUAACAACGACGACGGUAUCCUCGGAACUAUACGUUGCGUGGAAGGGGUGUGUCCCCUAGUCGAAGCUGCUGGUGCCAGUACCAUAGCAGAGCUCAAUAAGGAGGACAUCCGCGGCUUCGUUGCUGUGGACGACACCCAUCGACUUCUUAUCGUAUCGUUUCGCGGCAGCAAUUCAGUGCGGAACUGGGUUAAAAACUUCCAAUUCUGGAAGAUAGACGAGCCAGGACCAAGGGGAUUCUGGGACAAAUUGUUCGGGUCAGACAAGCCUCAGCAAGGAAACGAUAUUUGUUCCUGUGCGAUACACUCUGGAUUUUAUAGGUCAUGGGAACUACUGAAAGAUGAUGUUAUGGACGCACUCACCCGGGCUAGAGAGACAUACGGUGAUUAUCAUGUGGUCGUGACUGGGCAUUCUCUGGGAGCAGCCAUUGCCACAAUUGCUGGUGCUUAUCUUCGCACGAAGCAGAUACCCUGCGAUAUAUAUUCAUAUGGUUCUCCACGUGUGGGGGAUGCCCGGUUUGCAGACUUCGUCUCAACUCAAUCAGGGAUCACAGCCCGGAUAACUAACGGAUAUGAUCCGGUACCUUCCCUACCACCAAUGAGUCUGUUUGGGAUAUAUGAUCUGGGUUAUAGACAUAUCUGGCCUGAGUACUGGAUCUCGAGUUCAUCCUCAAAUAGGUCCGACACCAUCCAGGUAUGCCGUGGGCUGGAGAAUCUAUCAUGCAAUGGAACACGCCAAACAGGGCUCAGCUUUGAAAUUGAAGAUCAUCGACAGUACCUCGGACAUAUAACGGCAUGCGGUCCCAAGUUCACGUACCGGGAUAUGGAGGACAGCUGGAGCGCAAAGGAUCUGGAUCGUCUCAGAAUGCUAGCAGGGAACGACAACCUCUUCGCAACCAAUUUCAUUUCGAAAGCCGGCGCUUAA